AUGGUGCUACGGGUGUUAUUAAUUGUUUUCUGUGUACUUGAGGUGACAAAAUUAAUAAAUAGUUUUCAAACUCAAUUAAAACUUGAUGAAAAUGUCACUUUUAAAGGAUCAAAAAAUGAAUCAGUGGCAUCAGACCUGGAUGGAUCGAAAAAAAUAUUUCACUACAAAGACGAAAAAAAUGACAAUUCUUGUAUGACUCUGCUACCGAAAUGCAAUGAACAGGAAUUUUGCGAAAAAGUGCCCAAUUAUCCAAUUGAGAUUGUUGAAAAAGCGCUAAGAUCAAAGAAGAGUUUAGAAUUAUUAAAUACUAAAGACAAGCCUCUGGAUCCAAAGCCAAAAUUUGGUAAUGAUGAAAGUGAUGGUCUCUGUAAAGGAGUUUCAAAAUACAUAAUUCCACGAGCAGCACGUAAUAAAGAUGGAGAAACUAAAUUUAUUAUCAACACCAAAGAAUAUGUUCAAGGCAUGAAUGUAGAAACAUGCGAAAAUGCUGAUACUCCAUGCCGAUUAAUUGAUGGCUUUGCUGCGGGUUACAAGACUAUGUGUGUGCAAAAAUUUAUGUACAAAAAAUUAGUCUCACUUUCAGAUACCGGUGAAGCCGAAACAGAUUGGUUCUCAAUGCCUGCAAGUUGCUGCUGUAAAAUUGAAUUUACGGGCACUGAUAACUUAUAUCGAUAG